UUUUUUUUAUCAUUAUUAUUAUUUGUAUCAACUAUUAUUAUGAAUAGCCUUACUACUUUUCGUAAAAUUCAAGCUUUUCAAAUAGGCAACGACUUUUCUAAAGUAACAAAAGUUGUUACAGUAAAUUACCAAGAUUUACUUUUAAAUUUAAAGCCUAAUAAUGUAAUUGUUAAAAAUAUUUACCUUGGUAUUAACGCUUCUGAUGUUAAUUUUACAAAUGGAAAAUACAUUCCUGACAUUAAACCACCUUUUGAUGUUGGAUUUGAAGCUCUUGGACAAAUAGUUGCAGUUGGAUCCAAUGUUUCAAAUGAUAAAAUGGGGUUAUUUGUUGUUUAUACUCAGUAUGGUGCCUUUGCUGAGUUUGUAGAGAUAUCUCAAAGAGCUAUUAUUCCUGUCCCAAAUGAUAGGCCUGAACUUUUAGGGCUUUUAACUUCAGGUUUAACUGCAUCUAUUGCAUUAACUGAAACAGGUCGUAUGACUCAAGGCGAAACUGUCCUUAUCACUGCCGCUGCUGGUGGCGCAGGACAAAUUGCUGUUCAAUUAGCUAAAUUGGCUGGUAAUCAUGUCAUUGGUACGUGUUCAAGUGAAGAUAAAGUAGACAUGCUCAAGAGAUUGGGAUGUGAUAGAGUCAUUAAUUAUAAAAAGGAAGAUUUUAAAACAGUCAUGAAAAAAGAAUAUCCUCGAGGUGUAGAUAUUAUUUUUGAAAGUGUGGGUGGCUCAUUUUUUGAUAUUUGUCUCAAAUCACUUGCUGUGCGUGGACGAUUAAUUGUGAUUGGUACUGUUUCUACUUAUACAGAUGCCAAUGGCAUGGCAGGCGAUAAUGUAAAUACAUUAAAACUUCUUGGUACUUCUCGUACAGUAGCUGGAUUUUUUCUGCCCGAUUAUAAGGAUCUACACGCUUCUCAUAUGGCUCAAUUAAUUCAUUUAGUACAAGAAGGCAAAUUAAACGUUUUUAUUGAUCAUGAAUAUCAACGUGAAUUUAUUGAAUUUGCACUUGAAAACGAUGUUUUAAAAUUCGGUUCAUUUAAACUUAAAUCAGGUCGAGUAUCACCUUAUUUCUUUAAUGCCGGUUUAUUUAACAGUGGUAAGACAUUGGGAGCGAUUGGUAAAUUUUAUGCUGCUGCCUUGGAGGAUGCAGGAUUUAAAUAUGAUGUUCUCUUUGGCCCUGCCUAUAAGGGUAUUCCCCUUGUCUGUGCUACUGCUUUAUCUCUCUCCACGGAUUACAAUAAGGAGGCCCCCUUUAGCUUUAAUCGUAAAGAAAAGAAAGAUCAUGGUGAAGGUGGCAAUAUCGUAGGUACUCCACUUCGGGGUCAAGUUGUGGUUGUCGAUGAUGUGAUCACAGCCGGUACAGCUAUUAAUGAGUCCAUUGAAAUUAUCAAGCAAAACAAUGCUCAAUUGACAGGUGUCCUUGUCGCUGUCGAUCGUGCUGAGGUUGCUCCUGAUGGUAGUGGCAAGAGUGCUAUUCAGGCUGUUGAAGAAAAAAAUAAAGUUCAAGUUCGUGCCAUCAUUUCUAUGGAUCAUAUCAUGGAAUAUAUGGAAGAAAAGGGCACCUUUGAAAAUGAACUCAACUUGAUGAAAGAAUACAAAGCUCAAUAUGGUAUUAAAAAGAAUUAGAAUCAUAUAAUUUAUUUGUUUGUUUUGUAAUAUAGAAAUAAAAUGCAUAUAUGUAUAUGUUUAUAUGUAUAU